GAAAAGGAGUUGGGAACGCCGUGGAAAGAAGGCAGCCGCGGUGUCUGGGAUUUAACGUCGGAUCGGGUUUUUGGGAUUCGAGGUUGGGGACGAUGAAAGGGCGCUUCACCAUCGAGUGGCUGUCCCAGAGCAGCCAGGCCGCCGCCGCUGGGCCCGGGCUGGGGGACCCCUGCACUUCCGGGACCCCCCCAGAGAGCCUGCCGGGGCUGUACUGCAGCAGGGAGCGGGUCGGCUCGGAGACCCAGCACCGGGACCACCGGCACCAGCGCACCCUCGCCCCCCAGCACCCAGAGCCCACCCCGGGACACGUCUCCAACCCCUCUUCCUCCUCCUCCUCUCAAGCUACAGAGCCAGGCUUCAGCAGUAGUACAGAAGAAGAGACGUCAGGGUACGAGAGCGAAGGGGAGCGCUCUCUCUCCCCCGCAACCCCGCGGGACACCCAUGAUACGUCCCCCGCCGCCGGACGCAGGCCACGCACCGCUUUCACCGUCGAGCAAAUCAACCGGCUGGAGAAAGCCUUCAAGAAGAACGCGUACCUGGGCACGCACGACAAGGCCGAACUCUGCAGGAAGCUCAAUCUGUCCGACAAGCAGAUUAGGAACUGGUUCCAGAACAGGCGCAUGAAGCUGAAGAGGACCGUGCAGGACACCCUGGCCCAGGCCUGUCAGGCAAAGAUGACCUCCCAGCUGCUGCACUACCCCCAGCUCCAGGCUUUCGGGCCUGUCCCGCACCCCGGAUAUUACCCCGCCCAGGACAGCCCCACCCCUUACGCACCGCCUUUCAGCCUGCACUACCUCCCCUCUCCUGUGGGGGGCGCCCCCAUCCCCACAGAUCCCCUUUACCACCAGUACAGCAGCCUGCCCAGUCUGUUCACAGCUGCGGGCAGUGCGACCCUCACGGCCCCCCACUAUUACCCCACCCACUACUAAAACAACCACCCCCCCCCCCCCCCCGGAAGACACCACCAGUCAGCCAAAGACCUGUAUCUCUGUUCCAGAGCAUUAAUCCUCAAUAUUAGAAAAGCCCAAGUUCUGCCAGACAGGGAAGAGUGCAAUAUGCCUCCUAUGCCAUUUGAUUUGUUUUGUUCUGUGUGCGUUAUAAAUGUUAUUUAAAAAAUGAUAUUGUACAUAAACUAUAUUGUGCCUGACUGUCCAUGGUUUCGAGAAUGCCAAUUUCAAAUGUAUUUUGAUGUCUUUUCGAUUUUAAUUAAAUGCAUUUCUUUAA